AGUAUAGAAAGUCUCCGCUGAUUCGCUGGCUCUCUGAGAGUGUGAUGACUAGUCCUCCAAUGAGAGACGGCAAUAGUGCGAGGCCAGUUUUUGUACUCUCUCAUUUUAGAAGCGUGAGGACGGCCUGAAGCCUGAGAUAAAAGGCAGCUGUGAUGGAGGCACGAAAAAAUGAAAAGAAUGAAGCCAGAGGUAAAAGCGGAUGCAAAGGCCCACAGGGUGACCGACCAGAGAUCAUCUCUCAAGUCGAAAGGAUACUGAAUGUCAACACCCUGCCCAAAGCAGUGAAGAGGAGAGUGUAUGCUCUGAAGAGACUGCAGGGCCAGUGCUCUCAUAUAGAGGCAAAGUUCUAUGAGGAAGUUCAUGAGCUGGAGAGGAAAUAUGCUGGUCUCUACCAGCCCAUAUUUGAAAAGAGACAGGCAGUGGUGUCGGGAGCAGUGGAACCCACCGACGAAGAGUGUGAGUGGCACAGUGAAGGCGAGGAGGAAGAGCUGUCUGAGGAUAUGAAGAAGAAGGCUGCUCUGGGAGAGAAGAAAGACGAUUCAGCCACUACUGAAGACCCUAAAGGCAUCCCAGAGUUCUGGCUCACCAUUUUUAAACAUGUGGACAUGCUGGGGGAAAUGCUGCAGGAGCAUGAUGAGCCAAUCCUGAAACACUUGCAGGACAUCACAGUGAAAUUCUCUGCACCCGAAGAGCCAAUGAGCUUCACUUUGGAGUUUCAUUUUGAGCCCAACAGCUACUUCAGCAAUACCAUCCUCACUAAAACAUACAAGAUGAAAUCAGAGCCAGAUUCAGCAGACCCUUUCUCAUUUGAGGGCCCAGAGAUCGUGGACUGUGAGGGCUGCAAGAUAGACUGGCAGAAAGGCAAAGACGUAACAGUGAAAAUGAUUAAGAAAAAGCAGAAGCACAAAGGCAGAGGAACAGUGAGGACCAUCACCAAGGAAGUGCCGCAGGAUUCCUUCUUUAACUUUUUUAACCCUGUCAAAGCAUCUCCAGAUGGAAUGGAUGAGGAUCUGGACUUCACUCUCGCCACAGAUUUUGAGAUUGGUCAUUUUUUCCGAGAGCGGAUCAUCCCCAAAGCAGUGCUCUAUUUCACAGGAGAGGCUCUGGAAGAUGACGAAAGCUUUGAAGAGGAGGAUGUUGAAGAAGGUGACGAGGAGGACCUUGAGGAGGGUGAAGAGGAAGACGAAGGCGAAAUCGACCGCACUGCAUGAAUCAUUUACACUUCCAUGCAUUUCUAGAAAGAGCCUCAGCCAGCAGAGUGUAAGCAGCAGUAAAUACAGAGAUGGCUCUUGGUGUGAUCUUGUCUCCUGCUGGACCUGCCAUAUACCCUAAAAAAAUGCAAUAGAACUCUAAGCACCAUGUAGGAAAUGCAUGAUCAUUUAUGUUUACGUCACACACAAAAAAACAAAAAAACAAAAAAAAAAAAGCGUGACUACAUAAAACAGUUUUACAUCUCA